UGCGUCGUAAUAUUGUUUCCGUGUCGACGGGAGUGAGAGUUUCCAAAAUGGAAGAAUUUACAGGCUGUAAUCUCGAUUAUUUCCCCGAAAAUAUCCUCAUUGACGUGCUCUCGUACCUGAGCGUGCGGGAGCUGGUCAGAGCCGGGAGGGUGUGCAAGAGAUGGAAGCGCCUUGUUAAAGACCAAAAACUGUGGAGAAGUGUCGACCUGACUGCAUGGAAAGGAGUGACCUCUCGCAUCCUUUGGCUCCUGCUCCGUCAGUACCUGGGCUGUGGGCUGAGGUGCCUUCGAUUGCGUGGCCUGCUGCUCUCUGCUCGAGGCGGCGUCUUUCUCUCCGAGUCUUGGCUCAAAGCUUUGUCCACAAAGUGCCCUCGUCUGACGAAGCUCUACCUCCUGCAUGCAGACCUGAGAGGCCUGCCCAGCUGCCGCGUUCUCCCUCGGUCUCUGCGUGUGCUGGAACUCUGUGGCUGUGAACUCCCUCGAGAUUUUUUCAACCAGACCCUGCCUGAUCCACAAGAAAGAGCAGAGUCCACAUCCAGUGCACAGCAGCAGAGGAGUGGUCAUGAAGGGAAAGGGCCUGGCUCCACUUCAGGCAUCGCUAUUGAGAGGUUAGUUUUAAACAACAUGCCCUCUUUCACAGACCAGCACCUGAAGAGUCUCACAUCAUGGGAAAAGCUCAGUCGAUUGGAGCUGCGUGACGCCUUUCGUGUGACAGCGAGUGGGCUCAGGACCUGUGCUGCAAAAGAUGACCUGAGCGGUGUCCGGGGCCUUUCUAGGCUCAAGUUUCUGGAAAUAGGCCACACAGGACGGCAGGGAUACCAGUUGCAGAUGGCCUCCCUCGGCCUUGGAACAGGCUGGGUUGGUCUGGAGGAGCUGAGUCUCGGCGGUAAGGAGGUGGGGCCGGGCCUGCUCAGUGCCAGACGCCUGAAGGACCUGAAGCGUCUGUGUUUGUGGGCCUGCACGCUGGGCGAGCUGCAGAUUGUCCGCAGCUGCAAGAUGCUCCGCGGGCUGCGCCAGCUGGAGUUCCUGGACGUGAUCUUCCAGCCCCGACUCAGACUUCCAGCGGCAGAAGGAGAGGGCAGCGGUGACGGCAGGGAAGAACAGCAAGAGAGCGAUGCAGCUGCGGGGGCAGACAGCAGCAACAGUGACGAGAAUAAAGCCCCGGACGUCAGUGAUCCCAUUCCCAGUCUGCGCCGCUCGCUGGCAGCUCAGCUGCCGUCCUGCACCCUCCUCUUCACCAACUGCUCCGUUCAGAUCAACCCUUUUGAUGAAGUCUCCAACAUUGUUUACAUGUAGACAAUGUAGAUAAGUUUAAAAAAAAAAAAAAACGACCUCUUUCAUAUGAUUUUGGUUAGCUCUCUCUCUCUCGCUGUCUCUCUCUCUCUCUCUCCUCUUUCUAUCUAUCAUUGCUCUGUACAGAUUCAGCUUUCUAUAAUACAGAUUCACAUUAAGAUUUUAUAAUGGGGGGGGGGCUUUUUUCCAGAGCUUUCAAUGCUGAAAAUAUUUCUGUACAUUUAACUUUCUGGGAGUGGUGGGCUCAAGUACACAGUACAGUGGGGGGGGUCAAGGGUCAUGGUUGGGCAGCCACAGUGCUGAAAUUUCACCUGUGGGAUUUGAACCUAGUCACCAGUCUGCUCCUCUAACCUGUGGAAAGCCACAGUUUUUUGGGGCUCAUGUCACACCGAAGGGAUGAAAUAUUGCUGUGAUGUACUUUUCUGAGUUGUUGUCCAACUAUGGAUGACAAAAGUUAUUUACUACACAAGGAUGAACAAUGCAAACUUUAGAAAAAAAAAAAAAGCUAUUUGAAGACAAUGAGGGGGCAGUCUUCACCUGCUCUGAGGUUUCAAAAGUGUGUGCGUGUGUGUGUGUGUGUGUGCGUGCGUGUGUAAUACAAUGUUUUGCUUACUGUAAAGGUUUUGUAAAUGAGAGGUGGAAGAGGGGUCUAGGGAUAGACCGAUAAGGACUUUUUUUUUAGGGCCAAUGCCAAUCCUAAAAUUUUUUUUCCAUCACCCUCAGCCGAUGGCCGAUUAUGGACUGCCAAUUUUCUUGAGCCGGUAUUUGGGGUCGAUACUGCUUUUCCUCCCUCAAUUUACAACAAAAAAUGACACGAUAACAAAUACUACAGGUCUCAAGCUUAAAAUAAAUAUUUAACUGUAAAAAAAUUAUAACCCUUUCGUUCAACUUUACGCAACAUACUUUAAAGUGAACAAAAAGCGUUUGGUGCUUUUAAUUAUUCAAAUAAUGCCUAUAAAAUAAAAUAAAACAAAUAUUUAGACAUAAUUAAAACAACUGAAGUAUUGCACUCAACAAGAACCAGCAGCAUAGUGUGCACACUGCACAAUACUUAAUUUUGGAUGGCGGUCUGUAAAUCAUGCCAAGGAAAAAUAAAUCCGCGAAUCCACGCGAGUAUCGGCUGAUACCGAUAUAAGUAAAAAACUCAAAUAUCGACCGGCCGAUGUAUCGGUCUAUCCUUAGAGGGGUCCACAGCCUUUUUAGAUUCAAUCUGAGGGUCUGAAUAGUGUUCGUCACUGGUGAUCAGGAUGGAUGAGACAAAGGAGGUGCCUUGAAUUUGAGCUUUAAUCACAGACACUCUUCUUUUUUGCUCAGUCACCAUGUUGUGACCGUGAACUUAUGUAGAGCAAAGAGGUCCACAAUUUCCCACACCGAGCCAGUCACAGACAGACCCAUGCAGGCUCCUCAAUCCGCCAGAAAACACUGUGUUGCUUUCACAUGUACUCUCUUUUGUGUUGAGAUAUUGGCUGUUGAUGUCUGAGGACAUCCUGAUCAGAUGCUGGAACCACCUCAACCAGCUCCUUUGGAUGGGGCAGAGUAGCUGAGGGGUGAGAUGUGGACUAAGAAACGGAGAGCUUUUCCUCUUCACAACAAUCUCCAGCACUAAGAAUGGAAUCGGCAAACCUUUUUAGCUUCAGUGUGCUCAGGUGUCCUAUACUUUGUUUUUAACUGGAUUUUCUGUUUCCGUGUGAGUAAAAUUGAAAACUUGAUUUUUAUGGACCCCGUGUGUUGGGAUGUUUCCAGGUCUAUAGAUGAGUUAAACCUGAGGAAAUACCCACACAGGAUUGUCUGUUGGUGGCAGAAGACUUCAUCACAUUGAUGCAAACAUCAUUUUUAAAAAGGUUCCUGUCAUGAAACAGACUGAGAGGUAUUGAAACAAACUGUGAACACGUUAACACAAAAGCAAGAGAUCCACCUGUUUCCUGUUGCUUUACCACGUUUGUUCAACCGAUACAUUCAGAGAGCUUCUGUAACAGCAGGUGCUUGUAUACAUCACGUUUAGAUUUCUUAUCUUGUUACUGCUUUGUUUUUUGAAUUUUUUUUCUAUAUGAUUUUUAGAAAUUGAGAUUGAGAAAUAUCUGUUUGUUGUCGUAAUUGUGUGAAAACGAGAGAUCUCUGUCAAUACACUGUCAGUACAUUGUGUUUUUGGAAAUCAGCCAUUUUAAUAAUCCGGUGAAGGAGAGGUUGUUUUGAAUAAUUCUAUUUUGGAU